AUGGGCAGAAGGAAUAUCACACAUGUGUCUGACUUCAUCCUCAUGGGACUGACAGACUCUGAAGAGAUCCGGCUGGCCCUCUGCACCCUCUUUCUCCUGAUAUACCUGAUCACUGUGCUGGGCAAUGUGGGGAUGAUCCUGAUAAUCCGCCUGGAUUCCCAGCUUAACACUCCCAUGUAUUUUUUGCUCAGUCACUUGUCAUUUCUUGACCUCAGCUACUCAAGCGUCAUCACCCCUAAAACCUUAGACAACUUACUGACUUCCAACAAGUAUAUCUCAUACCUGAACUGCUUCAUCCAGAUGAAUUUUUUUAUCUUCUUGGCUGCCACUGAAUGUUUCCUUCUCUCCUCCAUGGCCUAUGAUCGCUAUGUAGCCAUCUGCGACCCUCUGCAUUACCUGGCUGUUAUGUCCACUAGACGCUGCUGCUCCAUACUUUUUGGAUCUUAUUUGAUUGGCUUUAUGGACGCCUUUGUCAAUGUGCUUUGCAUGAGCAGAUUGCAUUUCUGUGACUCCAAUGUAAUCUAUCACUUUUUCUGUGAGACACCCCCGAUUGUAGCGCUGUCCUGCACUGACACGCAUGCCAUUGAAAUCAUUAUAUCCACAUUUGCUGGCUCCACUCUACUGGUGUCUCUUAUCAUGGUGUCUGCAUCCUAUGUGGCCAUCUUGUCUACCAUCCUGAAAAUUACUUCCACUUCAGGGAAACAAAAAGCCUUCUCUACUUGUGCCUCCCAUCUCCUGGCAGUCACUGUCUUCUAUGGCACCACAAUUUUUACGUAUGCAAAACCAAGUAAGUCCUACUCUUUGGGAAAGGAUCAUGUGGCUUCUGUGUUUUAUACUAUUGUCAUCCCCAUGUUAAAUCCACUCAUAUAUAGUCUUCGAAACAAAGAAGUGAAAAAUGCUCUCAGAAGAGUCAUGCAGAAUAGAAAAGGCCCCAAACAAUUAAAAUAA